GGAAAAGAGUAGUUGUGCAGCAUCUAUAAUGCAGCUUCCUGUAGAUUUUUUUGCCAUUUGAUCGCUGCAGUCAGUAGUUACUGUAAUGCGGAACAAACUGCUGCCCUAUCAGAUCUCAAUACAUCAGUUUCAUGCAGGUCUCAGUGUUACACAAUAUCACUGACCAUGAACAAGAUGAAGAAGAAGCUGCCUGAGUGGAUCCUGAAUCACAUCCUGGAGAUUUUCUACCUGCUGAUGGGAUAGUUGUAGGCCAGUGUUACUGUGACAAGGUGAGUUCCUGUUACUUGGAGUUCUUGGAGUAUUGGGGCUGACUCACGUGUGACCAACAAGAUGACGACUGAGAAGAACCAAACCUCAGAGAUCUACAUGGUGACUGGGGAGGAACAAAUGGAGUUUGAUGAAGUUGCAGUUUAUUUCUCGGAGGAGGAGUGGGGCUGUUUAACUGAAGAACAAAAAGAGCUUUAUAAGGAUGUGAUGAUGGAGAAUUACCAGACCCUCAGGUCUCUAGGAUAUGUUCAUGCAAAACCUUUGCUUGUUACAAAGAUUGAGCACAGAGAGGAGCCGUAUGUGAGCAGCUUUCCAAAUAAAAAAGUGACUGACAAAUAUGGAAUACAGAGGCAUCCUUAA